GCGAAUGAUGAACUUCUACGUUUGAUCAGUUUUAUUGCAACAGGCUCGACAGAAGUUCAGUCAACAAUGCUAAUCUCAUUGCUUCUGCUUAUAACACUCAACGUAGCAUCAUCCCGGGCCUCUAAUCCCUGCAUCGUCCAACUUAAUUCCAACAGCACAGGCGUCGGCAUUCUAAAUGAAACCUUCACCGGCAACGAACACUGCGUCUUCUUGGGAGUUCGCUAUGCAUUGCCUCCCACGGGAGUCAGGCGAUUCCAGAAUCCGGAACUCUACUUUCCGAGUGGACCACAGAACUACACCACAUUCGGCAGCAUCUGUCCACAAUGGGACGACAUGAACCAUUGGGGAAAGCUACUCGGCAACGAGGAUUGUCUGUUCCUGAACAUCUACGUACCACAAGCAGGAGGGGAUUCGACCCAAGUCCAACAACGUCCACGAUACCCCGUCCUGGUUUACGUCCACGGAGGAUCAUUCGUGAUUGGAUCCGGACGAAUUUUCGCCACUCACGGAGUUGAUCUCCUGAUGGACCAUGAAGUAGUGGUUGUGGCGAUCAAUUAUCGUCUAUCGGCUUUGGGAUUCCUCAGGAUCCCCGAGUGGAACGUGGUUGGAAACUUUGGGCUGAAGGAUCAACGCGUCGCACUACAGUGGAUUCAGCAGAACAUAGCCGCCUUUGGUGGGGAUCCCGAGUGUGUUACAUUGUUAGGUCACAGUGCAGGAGCUGCAGCCGCAGCUCAUCAUCUGUAUUCUACGGGAUCACGUGGGCUGUUCCACAGGUUGAUCCUCAUGGGAGGAUCUAACCUUGUGCCGUUUGGUUUGCGGUAUGCUCAAGAAUCUAAUGUAACUGAAAAAGUAAUGUCGGCAUUCAACGUGACUUCCUUGGAAGAACUUCAGCAGAUCGACUAUCGAGAAUUCCACAAGAAGUACAUCUUCGAGCACGUUCCUUUCAUGAACCAAUACUCGCCAUAUUUCAUCCAACCCGUUGAUGAAGGUUCCGAGGGUUCGGAAGCCUUCAUUCCAAGGCCGCCUCACGAGCUGGUCAAACAGAAACCCGCCAUGCAAGUUCCGAUUCUCAUGGGCCUGACUGCCACCGAAUUCGAGAAAAUUCUCUAUUACAGGGAUCAGUUCUUGCUGGGGCGAAAUUUUCCAUCGAACGAUGGUGACGACCAAAUUAAAGAAGCUAUGAUCCACAAAGUUGUGACGCAGCGAUUGAAGAACGCUACGAAUCCUGCCGCUGUUAUCGAAAAAUUGACGAACAUGGCCAACGUGUACUAUCCGACGAAGCGAUUGCUCCGUCACCUGGUGGACUUCCAAGGUGAUCUUCCGGUGUGCUACUAUCGGUUCGAGUUCGACGGUCGAUUCGGAUACUGCAAGUACGAGUACAGUAAGGCACUGGUGCGGGAGCGGUUCUACGGAGCCAUACACGGCGAUGACUUGGCGUAUGUAUUUUCGCCGUACAUUGUGCGACAAGCGCUGGCGAAUAGGACUGAGUUUCGGAAGGAAUGGAAGGUCCACGAGAGGGUCGUCGAACUGGUGAGCAACUUUGUGAAAUUUGGAAAUCCAACGCCUCAGGACGGGAUAAACGUUAAAUGGCCUGCCUACAACUCGGACGGUUCCAGGCCGCUGUAUUUGAACAUAGACGAUGAACUUGAGGUGCGAGUUGAGAACGACGAACGGGACGAGUACUAUCGACUCUGGGAACUUACUUACCAGUGUUUGUAUUAUAAUGAAUGCAAGUCGAUAGAGUUAUUGGCAAAUAACGGUAACGAUUGAGAUUUCUGUAAUGACUGACUAGGAUUUGCUGGUAAGGAAAAACGCAAUUUGUAAAAAAAUCGUGUUCUGGUGGGUUUCGAACCCACGACUCCGUAUUCGCUAGACCGGCGCUUUAACCAACUAAGCCACAGAACAUGUAAUGAUUCUGGGGAAUAGAAAUGCAAACAGACUCCAAAGCCACACUGUGAACGCACCACAAACUGCUUGA